AUGUCCGUCUUCGACUUCGAUGUCGCUAGCAACACGUUGGCCCAAUGCAUCGAUUUCUGCAACAGCCGAACACGGCGUGGCGAGAAUACUCGAUUCUUCUUGCACCACCGACAAGACCUUGCCCGCGAGAGGCAAGAGGCUCAGCAAGCCCUUCAACAGGCUAAGCAGAAAGAUGCUCAAGACGCCCUUCAAGAUGCUCGGGUCAAGCUCGAUCAUGUGCAACAGGAACGCCGUCAGCAAGAGCAGGAGGAGUUACAACUCAGCACCAGACACCAAGUGCUUCAAGGCCAGACCCAACAGCAGGCGACCGAUCGCCAGGCACUCGAGGAGGAGAAGGCUGUUUUGGCGACUGAUCGCCAGGCACUCGAGGAAGAGAAGGCUGCUGUGGCGCGAGAGCGUCAGAUAGUUGAGGAGGAGAAGGCUGCUCGUACGUUCGAGGAGCUGGAGAAUGUCUCGGAGCGAGUCGACACGGUUCAAGCGUUCAUCGAGGUAGCCGGCCAAACAAACGACCGCCUCGCGGCGGCCCAGACAGAGGCCGCAUCAACCACAUCACUGAUCGACCAGCGACUCACACAUGUCGUGGAUCAGCAGCUCGAAUCCAUUGUCAGCAAGUUGGGUGAUGUCCAAGGCGUUGCCGAAGGAACCAACAACCGCCUAGCAUUGAUCGAAGAUGUUGCCGAAGGAACCGGUCUGCACGACCGCCUCACAUCAAUCAAAAACGAGAUCGACAACGGUAGACGAGCGCUCGACGAUAUUCGCAUUGUGGUGACAACCGAAAACGAACUUCUCAAAACGCGAGUCGACGCCCUCCGGCAACGCAACCUCGAGUUGACCCUCCAACUCGAAUCGUACUGUGGCAUCGGUGCAACUGAGUCCGGUUCCUUCAAUCACGAGUGGCUAGCCUUGGUUAACGAAGUCAGACGCAACCUGUUGUCCAUCAACGUAUCCAAGCCACAAGGCUGUGACUUGCGCACCAUCCUAUAUCACAUAGCCAAGGCGGUACAGAAUCGCACUUUGCACCAUCGCUUGGCGGUCUUCAGGGUUGCGUCGCAGUGGAAUGACUGGUACUGCUGGGAGGAUGUGAUGAACCGGGGACAGGAUGCUGUUGUUGUUGAAGGACCAUACAGGUUACACCAGAAUGGUGCUUGCUUCCAGGUCAAGCGGGUGGAAGAGGGAUUCUCCGACUUGCUGGUUUUUCGUGGCCCCAACCUUGGGCUUUGA